UAUGAACGGUUGAUGAGCUGUCAAAAACACGUGGUGAGGUUAUGUUGUGUGUCGUUUUAGGGAAGAAAAAUAAUUUUAUUUGAAAACAGUGCUUAAAAAAUAAUUUAUAAAACAUGUCUUCGUGGAAAAAGGCCGCGAAGGCCAAUCAGAAGACACACAAAGAGCGUCAUCAGCCAGAAUCGAGGAAACACUUGGGUUUGCUCGAGAAGAAGAAAGAUUACAAGAAGCGUGCUGAUGAUUACCAUGAGAAGGGUGAAACGCUGAAGUUGUUGAGGAAACGGACGCUGGAUAAGAAUCCUGAUGAGUUCUACUUUCAUAUGAUAAACUCUAGAGUGAAAGAUGGGGAGCAUCAUGAAGUGGAGAAGGUGGAGGAGCACUCCAAAGAGCAGGUGAAGCUGAUGCAGACUCAGGAUCUCAAGUAUAUUAACAUGAAGAGGACCAUUGAGAGCCGCAGGAUCAACAGGCUGCAGGCACAACUCCACAUGACAGACAUAGCAGAAACCACUCCAAACACUCACACGUUCUUUGUGGAUGAAGGUGAGGAGAAAGAGUUUGACUUAGCUAAGAGACUGGACACACAUCCUGCACUACUGGGCAGGAAGUCCAACCGGCCAAGGCUGGCUGACCUGGAUAAAAUGGCACUGCCAGAUGUUGAUGAUGAGACACUACAACUAACAAAAAAGAAGAAACAAAAGGUCUACAAUGAGCUGGCCAAGAGAAUAGAAAGAGAGAAGGAGUUGACUGUCAUACAGCAAAAGAUGGAAUUGAAGCGUCACUUACAAGAUGUUAAUAAGGUUAUAAAACCAAAGAGAAUAAAACGGGGCACUAAGAGCUCAGCACCGGUUUAUCAGUUCCAAUAUGUGAGGAAGAAGUAACUAGCAAUCGGUUAUAUUUGUUUAAUGAGUAAUUUAAAAACUUUAAUGUGAGUGAUAAGUAGUAACUACUACGGUACCAUAACUUCGUCGGUAUUGAAAAAGUGAGUCUUUCUAUUUUGUAAAUUGGAAUGAUUCUGAAAUUGACCGAUUAUAGUCAAAGUUUCGUUAUAUGUGUAAAAAGUAGCGUAUGUAACGCGGGAAUAAAACAACAAGUUAAUUUCA